AGCCUCGCUAACCGCUGUGUGUUGUUUACAUUUCUAUCAGCUGGUUUCAGUAUUUUUGUGUGACUUAAUUUUCCAUCCUAUUUAUCAAAGAGAGUGAACAAAAGACGUCGCCGGAAUGAAACAAUAGUGUAGAACAAAUAGCUUUGCACCAACUAUUGCAUACGAUUGUUGUCUAACGCACCGAAACUAGUGCUAGUGCUUUUGUAAUUCGUGUUCAAUUGAUGAAGAUUGUAUAGUAUUACGCAAAUUUGUCUCGCCGUUUCUACACUCCAAAUGUCCCAAGUUGCGUACAUUUCGCCAUACAUCCGAGAGCUCACAACACAAGAUGUGAGCGUCCAGGAGCAAUUGCUGCUGCUCACCAAGAACGAGGAACGGUUCCGCAAGAAUGUUUUCCUCAUGGAACCGUCGGCCCUCGAAGCCCUUGCAAAUGUGUUGAUUCUGAAGCUCCAGGGAAAGGAUUUGACCGAAUUGGAUCUAUCCUGGCUAGAAGUGGGUAGAAUUGUGGGACUAAUCGAAAUGAACUACCAGCUUCUCUACAACAAUGCGCAUCGUUUGGAGUUAUUGAUGAAAAUAUUAACUUUGCUUCUAUUGAAACACGAGUGGACGGAUGAAGGAAUUUUGAAUGCGACGAUCGAACAUUUCGUCGCGGUGUUUCAGAAGGAUUACUUGAAUAUGCCUCUUUUCUACGAUGUCCUGAGGACAAUGAUGCGUGUAGCCUUAGAGAAAGAAUGGCAGCAAAAGGCGUACUCGAAGCUUGAUAUCACGGUACUAGCAGAAAGUCUUCACAAAGAAUCGGUCAAACUACGCGAUAAGGCGUUGGGUGUUCUUCGUCUGUUGUUCAACUUCAGGUCCCAUGCUCCACACAUUGUAAAAUGGUGGGCAAGUGUAAUGCUUGAAAAUAAAAGAAUCUCCCAAAAGCAUAAGAGUUUCAUGCUCUGUCACCUCGUUCAGAUAGCAACUGAACGGAAGGAUCAAGUCGACCCGUUUAUGAAUAUCGUAGAAAGUGUAGAUAUAUGGCAAAUCAUUUGCGAAAAUUGUGCAAAUGUGGAACAGCUGGUUCGCAAAGAAACGAUAUCGACUAUUAAAAACAUAAUGGCGUUUCUGAAGGCGCAUAGCGACAGAAAAAUCAACAACGAUUUGUUUAGAUGGGUGCCGGAUGAUGCCGAAGAGAUCACCAAGGCUUGGCAAUGUUUUAUAACGAUAUUGGAAGCACUGCCCGAAUCCCAGACGCAUUUGAUCGAGCCUGUGUUGCCAUUGGUUGAGAAACUGGAUUAUCUAGCGCCAGAAUGGAAAAACGUUGCUUUGCAACUGAUAUUAAGACACGAUAAUUCGGUGGUUUCCAGCUGGGCCAUUGAUUAUAUGUUGCACAAAAGCAACUUUGUUGCAGCCAGAGAACAGCUAGAAUUUAUUCUAUUGGAAUCGUUAAACAAAACAACCUUAUUCCAGGAUUUCACCACAAUGAAACAACUGUUGAAGGAAUACUAUUCCAGCAAUGAUGCUUAUCGGUUUCUUCUGACACGCUUCAGAGACGUUAAAUGGGGAGCGGUUCCGUUUGCGUGCUUCCUAGAGCUUAUCGACGAGCUGCUAUAUGAAGUAGCUGUUCCCCAACUGGAUGAAGUGCUGAAGGAUUUGGUAGAGCAAUGUAAAUCGAUUAAUGUACUAAAUCUACGACAGUUGGUCGCACUUAGACUCACCAAUAUGUUGCUGCAAUUGGCAAUGCGGGGUGAUAUGUUCACGAUGGUGCCAUUUUCACGAAUCCUGCUUCAUCUCGAGGCGCUGGUGAAAAUUACAAAAAUCAAUUUGAGUGAAAUGGAUCUUUGGGCGAGCGUUGAGCAAUUUAUCGAUGAGGAAACUGUCCGGCAACUGGUCGAUGAAAUGGGACCCUACGAUAUGUUUAUCAUGAGGGAUGUAUUUGAAGCGCUUGUGAAGUAUAAGCACAGGGAGGUCGCGGAACGUUUGAUAAGGUCGAUGAUCGAUACGAAGCUUCUGUCAGCAGUUAGAAUCCUACAACAAAGUGAACAGCUAUUUUUAAAAGCCGAGAUCGAGUUUGAAAUCAACAUCUUAUUGAAGAAAAUCGAUGGCCAUAACCUGGAAUCGCUCAAAGCAUUGGAAGUACUCACAGCACUCGCCCAAACGCCUCAUUUCGUGAAACAGCUUCCAGGAACGGUCCAAAAAAUAUUGCACCUGCUUCCAGCCAGACUCGACUGGUUAAAUUACGAUGCCUGCUCGAUGGGUUGCACCAUUCGAAUGAUUCAGAUAGCAUCCAACCAAGGUGGAAUGAAAACAGUGAAACGCUUUUUGGAUGUGUUUUCACUGGACAACUCAUUUCAGCGGGGUCUAGCGGUCGGCUCCGACUUAUCACAUCGUGUCGAUUCCUACACAGUUCUGGGUGAAAUCUACCUGCAGAUGCUGAAGUGGGAAGCAUUCGAUACACUGACCAACGAUCGGAUAUUUUUGGAUUUUUCCAAACUGAUCGAACUUGGAGGAGUGCAUGUGCUUUUCAAGGCUAUAGAAGCUAUCACGUUUCUGUUGGAGAAUAAACUUGUGAACCCAUAUACCACCGUUGAAAGCACAAGUGUUUCGGGAGUGAUCAAUCGCUGCUACAAAGACAUUUUAAUGGUUCAUCGAAGGACAGAACACUUUAUGAAGCUUGUGAAAAAUUUCGUCCAUAUGCUAUUUGCACCUAUGAAAAGCUACAACUCUCAGAACGAGGACCAAAAUCGAUGGUUGAAGGAAGCCGUGUCGGAGUACGUUAAGAUGAUUAUGGAACAAGCAACUGCAAUUGCUGGUUUGGCGAAUAUUCUGUUCGAAAAAGUGUUGACACUGCCAGUGGAACUUUUGCUGGAUUGGAAUUCCUUUGGGAAGUUGCUUCUCUCUGGAUUUAUUUUGGGAGACGGGCAGAAACGAGAGCAGAGAAUCGAAGAUGAAACAUGCAUGGCUAGUAGAUACUAUCACACAUCCCUGUUUAAACCACCGACACAGUUCCAGGCCGAUACUCGGGUUCGCAUAAUGUGCGCUAUUUUUCUACAUCGUCUCGCUGAAACUACUCAUCCUGACGCAACUCUACUGCUGUUGAAGGUAGAACAAAUGAUAAUAGAGGAGUUCCAAAAAAUCAGCAAAUUGAAAUCACGUUAUUACAAGAAUUCUGUCACGCAUCGUCACAAACUUCGGUUAUUGCAAGCCUUUUGUGUGAUCUGUAAGCUAACCGGAACACAGCCUUAUCCACUGUUGCCAAUCCUGUUACACGAGACGAAUGAACCGAAUAUAAACUAUCUCAUAGAAUUGAUACUCGCGGAUAGUUCGAUUGAUACCCUCACGAUAAUUAAUUCCCUACGGUUGGACAAAGUUAAAGUGUCGGGUAUUCAUUCCGUCUUCGUGAUCUUGUGGUUGAGAUGCUGCAAAACGAAUUCAUUCGAAGUGGAAUACAUAAAUUUCUUGCUUCCCUGGACGAUGGCGCAAAAUUUUUCAACCCGGUUAUUCGCACAGGUAACAAUUUCAAAAUUGAUCGAAAAAUUCUACGUCCAGCUGAACAAACUAGAUAGUUGCCCGUUCGCAAAUGUGUACGCUGCCAUUAACAGCUACGUGAAGGCAGGGAACGUCGAGAAGAAUCUGGAGAAGGUGCUGAAAGACUUCCGUUUCAAUACCAUGUUCGACUACGAGAACCUCCUGACGUUGGAGAACGUUUUCAAUAACAUUCCGAGAGUCUCGAAUAUGUCCCCGGAGGAUGUUGCUUCCACUAGCUUGCUGACAGAGUGCACUGAUGCGCUACAGUUAACCGAGGUGAAUCUUGGUGAAGCAAUAGAUCCCGAUGAGUUACCGAUAGAAGACCGGAAGGAACAUUUAAUGCUCAGCCCCGGACAUGGAGGGUCGGAUCAUGUUCAGAAGAAAAUUGUGCCACUGAAAAGUAUUGAACCAAGCGAGGAGAUGUAUGAGGAUAUACCGGAAAGUGUGCGUCUGAGGAAAAUGAAAAACGACGAGGGACUUAUUCUUAUCGCAUCCUUGGUGGACCGCGCUCCGAACUUGGGUGGAUUGGCUAGAAGCGCUGAAGUCUUCGGUAUACAUCAAUACGUAGUUAACUCUCUGAAAGAAGUCGAGAACAAAGAAUUCCAAGCGCUGAGUAUGACAGCGGAGAAGUGGUUGAACCUCGCAGAAUUAAAGUACUUCCAAAUACCUGAGUAUCUGCUGGAGAUGAAGGCGAAGGGUUACACAAUUAUUGGAGCUGAACAGACCACGGGGAGUUUACCGAUACAUACGAUUCGGUUUCCCAAGUAUUGUGUCGUAGUUUUAGGACACGAAAAGGAAGGAAUUCCAGCGCACAUAAUCUCCUACCUGGAUAUCACAGUGGAAAUUCCACAGUUUGGUGUUGUGCGGUCAUUGAAUGUCCAUGUUACUGGUGCUAUUUGUAUGUGGGAAUAUGUUAGAAGCAAUUUUUUGGGUCGGUAAUUGGUGGUUAUUUUGUAUGAACCAGUUUUAGUUUUAACAUAGGUAAAAUAAAUUUUAAAAGUGUAUUACUAUCUUAAA